AGAGUUCGGUUGCCCAGAAAAAAUGGAAAGGUAUUGGGAUAUAUUGGUUACAGAUUUAUAACAUUCAUCCAACAGUCAAAAUUUUCCAAAAUAAAAUGUUUCAAUCCAACGCUCAGUGAAUGCGGUCUAGGAAAAUUACUUGUAGAUCGCUUGUAUAUAGAUCAUCACGUUCCUUCCGUAAAAUCGACGACGCUGCUUUACAAAUGGAUGAGUCGAAGCAGACGGAGCGAAUCGAGUCGAUUCUAUGAAACUCACAGCAGCCAAGCCAUAGAAGACAUCGAUUCCCUACACGGCCACUCCUUGCGUACCAGAAGUUUUAGGUUUUUUCUGUUCUCUUCUUUGGAAGUGAUGAGUCUCCUUUGAUGAAACCUUGUUACUUUUCUUUAAAUUCAGUUGCAGAACCAGGGAUCUUCCACUUGCGUUUCUAGGGUUUUGAAUUGCUGUCGUUGGUGAGCUUAAUUGAUGAUCUGUGUCCUUGGGUGCCCCAAUGGGAAGCAAUAAUGUCACUGGAAUUUGUUUUAUGUUUAAUCUUAUGUAAAACUAUGUAUUUCCUGAGAUACACAAAUUAAAUGGAUGGAUUUUCGUGAAAGAUUUGGGAUGUUUGAGUGUGACAGUUGGCCUUUUCGGUUUCGAGAAACCGAGCCCAGUGAGUUAUCUCUUAUGGCUCCAGGAAGCAGCAUUUGCAAAGAGGUUCCUGAAUCUCUCACCACAGAUAUGGAGUCAUUGGCUAUCAAUGAAGAAUUGGAGAAUUUUCAACUCAGCAAACCUUGCAAUGCUCCUAAUGCUCAAGGAGCAAUAUCUUCUACAAAUGGUGUACGCGAGCUUCUUGAGUGCCCAGUUUGUACUAUGUCGAUGUACCCUCCAAUACACCAGUGUCCAAAUGGCCACACACUUUGCUCAAAUUGCAAAGCCAGGGUACAUAAUCAUUGCCCUACUUGCCGAUAUGAACUGGGAAACAUUAGAUGCCUAGCUCUAGAGAAAGUGGCAGAAUCCCUUGAAAUUCCUUGUCGAUAUCAGAGCCUUGGAUGUCCUGACAUGUUCCCAUAUUACAGCAAAUUGAAACACGAGUAUCUUUGCAGAUUCAGGCCCUAUAAUUGCCCUUAUGCAGGAUCUGAGUGCCUGGUCAGCGGGGAUAUACCAUCACUUAUUGCACACCUGAAAAAUGAUCAUAAAGUGGACAUGCAUGAUGGGUGCACUUUCAACCAUCGAUAUGUCAAAUCGAACUUCCAAGAAGUUGAAAAUGCCACUUGGAUGCUCACUGUUUUUAAUUGCUUUGGGCAGCAUUUCUGUCUGCACUUUGAGGCCUUUCUAUUGGGAUUGGCUCCAGUUUAUAUGGCUUUUUUGAGAUUCAUGGGAGAUGAUAAUGAGGCAAAAAACUAUAGCUACAGUCUAGAAGUGGGCGGUAAUGGGCGGAAGCUUAUUUGGCAGGGGGUGCCAAGGAGUAUUAGAGAUAGCCAUAGGAAAGUCCGUGAUAGUUAUGAUGGGCUAGUCAUUCAUCGUUCCAUGGCGCUCUUCUUCUCUGGUGGCAACAGGCAAGAGCUGAAGCUUCGAGUGACUGGGCGUAUAUGGAAGGAGCAUUGAUUUGGUGAGAUGAAAACAUUGAUGUUAUCUUUACACUCAGGCCUUACUCCAUGACAACUGCUAGUUCUGUAGAUUAAACUGUGAAUACAAUCCCAAGAAACAAUGCUACGAGUGUUGGCCGGUUCUUACCGUAAAAACUGUAAAUUAUGUGAAUUCUCUGUUGCGUGCACCAUGAUUGUGUGCACAUGCAUGUACUUUACUGUGUCUGCAGCAUUUAUGGACUUCUGAGUUCUUGUAAACAAGGUCUGGACCUGUUUCUAUGCCAUGAAAAUCUAGCUAUGUUUACUGCCGAAA